AGAUCCUGGAAUCAGAAAUAACUGUAGCGGACGAAGAAUACCAAAAGCAGCCAAAAAUAUUCUAUCGUGCAUGUAUGGAUACAGCCAAGCUGGAUGAAAGAGGCAGUGAACCGUUCUUUAAACUGGUGGAAACUAUUGGGAAAUACCCUAGUCUGGAUCCCUCUUGGAACGAGACAGAUUUUAAUUUAGAUAAUCUUCUUGUGAAGCUGUCUAGACUAGCUGUCAUGCCUUUGUUCACCAUGGACAUUGGUAGAGAUAUCAAAGUUGCCACACAGACCAAGAUAUACUUAUCAGAUGCCAGUCUAGGCCUGGGAGCAGCACUGAAAUAUAAAACCGGACGUAACGACACGCGAGUGAGGAGCUACGAGAAGUGGCUGGUGGACACACUGGUGUUGCUGGGUGUCAACCGAUCAGAGGCAGAGCAAGACGUUAAAGAAGUUGUCGACUUUGAGAUCGCCAUUGCAAAGUUGGUGAGAAGCGAUGUGGAAAAGGCUGAUAUAGCUUCAAGAUACAAUCUGAUGACUGUUGCAAUGUUACAGAGUAAAUACCCUUGGCUCAAAUGGCAAGAGUUCUUCCAGGCAGCGGCUACUGAAACAGGCACUAAUGUCUACAUCUCUAUAGAAGAGCAGAUCAUCAACUUUGAACCAAUAUUUCUGGAGAAACUGGGAAUAUUGCUGGCCAAAACUCCAAAAAGGAUUGUGGCCAACUAUUUGAUGUCUCACGUGCUUUCAUUUACAUCAGCACUUGGCUCCAAAUUUGUGGCUCUGUUUGACCAGUUCAGCAAGGAAACGCAAGGUACGGACCCUAAACCAAGAUCUGAGCGAUGCGUUUCUGAAGCAACAUCAGUGUACCCAGAAUCCGUCAGUAGAAUGUAUGUGGACAAAUACUUUUCAGAAGCCGCUAAGACAUAUAUCGAUGAAAUGAUAAAGGAUCUGACAGCCGCAUUUUCCGAUCUUCUGGACGAAAAUAAAUGGAUGACAGAUGAAACUAAAAAAGAAGCACAUGCUAAGCUGAAAGCCAUGAGGUCAAAGGUCGGCUACCCAGAAUACAUCAAGGACAAUGAGAGGCUGAACAGGCUAUAUAUUACGAUUGCAGCCCGGGAGGAUCAGUACAUAGAGUCAGUCAUCGCCUUCAGACGGUACAAAGUCACAGAGAGAAACAGAAGUCUGCGGGAGCCCAUAGACAAGGAUCGGUGGCCAGUGCAUGCAGCAGUGGUCAAUGCCCACUACAAUGUUUUGACCAAUGAAAUAAUUUUUCCUGCUGCAUUUUUGCAAGAGCCAGUCUACAGCCCAGAAUAUCCUAGCUCGAUGAAUUAUGGAGCUAUAGGAAUGAUCAUUGGGCAUGAAAUCACUCACGGAUUUGACACCACCGGUAGUACAUACAAUGCUAUAGGCGAACACAGUAACUGGUGGACGGACAAGGAUAAAGAAAACUUCAAAUCUCUGACUGAAUGUUUUGUGAACCAGUACGGCUGCUAUAAGUGGGAUGGCUAUAAUUUGGAUGGACAGAGAACACUUGGUGAGAACAUUGCUGACAAUGGUGGACUUAAGCAGAGCUUUAGAGCAUACCGAAAUUUGGUCAAGCGUUUGGGAGGUGAAGAGCCUAGAUUACCUGGACUCAAUUUGAACAAUAAUAAAGUCUUCUUCCUAAGUUUUGCUCAGGUGUGGUGUGCUAAGUAUCGUGAAGAGCACAAGAAGGAAGUCAUAGAGUCAGAUGUCCAUACAGCGUCUCCUUACAGAGUAUUUGGAACUCUUCAGAACUCACAAGACUUUGCAGAUACCUUUCAAUGUCCACCAGAAAGUCGUAUGAACCCAACUAGGAAGUGUGUGCUGUGGUGA